AUGGAGUCUGCUGCUCACAUUCUGAAUGGAGGAGAAAACAACGUCCUCAAGAUGGACCAUGACAUUGAGUCUGGUGCACUCAGAAAGCAACGUUCUUUGAACCUGAACCACUACGCCACAAAGAAGAGCGCCGCCCAGAGCAUGCUGGAUGUGGCCCUGCUCAUGGCCAACUCGUCCCACCUGAAGACGGUGCUGUACGUGGGGCCUCAGUACCGCUUUUACAUCCCCCUCAUGGUGCUGCUGUGCCUCUCCAUCACUCUGUAG